CAAACCAGCGUGCAGACUUGCCAUCCCGGUGUAUCUCGCGAUAGGACGUGUCGUCAUAUACAUUCCUGACCAAUCGCGUUCCUCUUCCCCAUCAACACCUGAAAAUGGGUAUCUCACGGGACAACUGGCACAAACGCCGCAAGACAGGUGGAAAAAGGAAAGCUGUCCACAAGAAGAGGAAGUAUGAGCUCGGUCGCCCACCUGCAAACACAAAGAUUGGACCCCGGCGUAUCCACACAGUGCGUGUCUGCGGCGGCAACAAGAAGUACAGAGCCUUGAGGCUGGAUGUGGGCAACUUCUCUUGGGGCUCUGAGUGCUGCACACGCAAGACCAGGAUAAUCGACGUUGUCUACAAUGCCUCAAACAAUGAGCUGGUGCGAACCAAGACACUGGUGAAGAACUGCAUCAUCCUGGUGGACAGCACCCCUUUCAGGCAGUGGUAUGAGGGCCACUACGCCCUGCCCCUGGGACGCAAGAAGGGAGCCAAGCUGUCUCCUGAGGAGGAGGACACUCUGAACAAGAAGCGCUCCAAGAAGGUCCUGAAGAAGAUUGAGGGCCGCAGGAAGACGGGCAAGAUCAGCAGCCUGCUGGAGGAACAGUUCCUGCAGGGCAAGAUCCUCGCUUGCAUUGCCUCUCGACCUGGGCAGUGCGGCAGAGCUGAUGGCUAUGUUCUGGAAGGCAAAGAGCUGGAAUUCUACCUGAGAAAGAUCAAGGCCAAGAAGGGCAAAUAGACACACAAGGUCCGAGACAACCCACACACCCAUCAUUGUUCUACAAUAAAAUAAAUAAAAUAACCCACUUUCCCAGUGAA